AUGAACUUGUGGAGCAGGUCAAAGGUACUGCAGUACCUCGCCUGCGGCCUCACCGAUGAUCUCAGGCAGCAGCUGCGCGCGCAGCUGCAGGCCAGAGAGGAUGCCGCGCUUGCGCGGCUGGGCGUGCUGGGGGACCUGCGGGAAGACGCAGCAGCGGGCUAUGCAGCGCCACUGCUACAGCUCGAGGUGACGCGCCUGCGCGAGCAGCUGCAACAACGCAGCGUCGCGCUCGGCCUGGCGCCUGCAGAAGCCUCGGCCGCAACGCAGGCGCCCGCGCCCGGCGCCGGGGUGUCCGGCGGCAGUGCCGGCGAGGGGCGCGCGCCGCCGCAGCUCGCCUUGCUGCUGCAGCAGCAGCACGGGCUCGCCGAGCUGCAGCGGGCGUGCGCCGCCAGCGGCCUGGAAGCCGACCCAGCCGUGGCCCGCUGGUCCGAGGCCGUGUCGCAGCAGGCUCGGCAGCUGCAAGAGUCUAUCGCGUCACUCGGCGCCCUGCUCGCGCGCGGCCCGGAAGCGGCCCACCAGCAGCAGCAACAGCGGCAGGAGCAGCAGGAGCAGCAGCAUAAGCAGCAGCAGGAGCCGCAGCAUAAGCAGCAGCAGGAGCCGCAGCAGGAGCAGCAGCAGCAGCAGCAGCAGCAGCAGCAGGAGCAGCAGCGGCAGCAGGAGCAGCAGGAGCAGCAGCAGCAGCAGGAGCAGGAGCAGCAGCAGCAGCAGCAGCAGCAGCAGCCUGACGAACAGCAUCGUGGCGCCGGCGCCCCCCACGGGCACCUGCCGCACCCCCGCCUGCGCAUAUCUGUGUCGCUGCCAGAGGGCACACCCCAACGUCCAGAGCCGCUGCACGUCGACGUCUCAACUUCUGACGAGGCUGACGCUGACGUGGCGGGCUCGGCGGCGGCGGCGGUGGCGGCGGUGGCGGCGGCCGGUGCCGCUCGGGUGCGGCCAUCAGCAGCAGUCGAGGCCCAGGAUAGCCCUGGGGGCGGCGGGGCUGGCGUUCGGCAGCAUGAUGGUGAUGUGGAUAUGGAGGCGUCGGCCAGCCGGGAUGAGGGCGCCGAAGUGGGCGCCGGCGACGGCGGUGCGAAGCAGCCGCAGCCGCAGCCGCCUGCUUUGACGUGGGAGCAGCAGGAGGAGCAGUGGCGGCGCGAGGACGAGGAGGCGCAGCAGCAGCAGGAGCAGCAGCAGCAACAGCAGCAGCAGCAACAGCAGCUACAGGAACAGCAGCAGCCGCCGCAGCAGCAGCAGGGUGGGGAUGUGGAGGAGGGGCACCUGGCAGCGGACAUGGAAUUGGAUGAUGUGGUGGCAGCGGCCGCGGGUGAUGCAGGCGGCGCGGACGACCUGAACGGGUCAGCAGAGGGCGGCGCCUCCGCGCGCAUUGGCAGCGGCGAGGGCCGGCCGCACUCGGGGCCGGGAUCGGACGGCGGUGCCGCCGGCCCAGGAGGCGCGCCGGCGGGCUUGGAGCAGCAGGGUGCAGUGGCGGUGGUGGCGGCGGCGGAGCAGCAAAUAGGCGACAAGGUGAAGCAGGAGGAUGACAAGGCACCGGGGUCCAAAGAAGAUGGGUCGCCGCGCGGAGGAUUCAAGUAUCCCGAAAUUCGCGUAUUUGCUGACGAUGACGAGGCCCCUGAGCAGGAGCAGGAGCAGGAGCAGCUGCAGCAGCAGCAGCAGCAGCAGCAGCAGCAGCAGCAGCAGCAGCAACAGCAGCAGCAACAGCAGCAGCAACAGCAGCAGGUUCAAGGUGUCGACGAGGGGGAUGCAGCCCAGCCAGGGGAGGGGCAGCAGGCGGUGGGCAUGGGCGUGGACAAUGUAGAUACCAAGGCCGCGGGUGAUGCAGUUGGCCCAGACGACCAGGGAGGCUCGGCCGGAGGCAGCACACUCGCGCCUGCCGGCGCCGCCGCCGGGGCGGCCGCGGCGGGGGCGGCGGCGCAGCGGCCCGUGCUGCUGCCGGGGCCGCCGCCGCGGAACCCCGGCUGGCUCAAAAUGAGGUGCCCCUGCCCCUGCUGCUUUGUUGGUUUUGAGACGCCAGAGAGGUACUACGUCCACACCCU